AUGGCGAAGAAGCCCAAACGUUACAUUCGACCACAAGACGAAACAUACGUCAUAUUGGUCAACCCUCCGAGGGUGGAGCAGAAUGGUGGACAAGGCCCGCCGGACGGGAAGAUCAUACAGGCUUGGAUAUCUGCUAUCACUAGCAGGGAUGAUAACCCAGUGGUCGAGAUAUUUACAGUUGCAAGUCGUUCGGAACCGAUUCUGAGGCUAGAAAACGUGGAUAUUGAGAAUCCGCAUCUGCUUGGGCUGCACCGUUGGCGCGAGAUCCUGUGCAACCCGACGAAAGGCUUCUUGACUCAAGAAACCUUGAUAGUCGAGUACGACUUCGAGCGUUGCAAUGACCCCGGGGUCGCCGGGGGCCACCAACGCGUCUUCGCCGAGCAUCUCGACGGCCCUGGGAUGCUUGCGGACUUCAAGCAGCCAUAUCCACGCCCGCAUCUCGUAGACUCAAACUGCACCGAUACGAACCUGAGAGUCUCGGAAAAGGCGAACCAGAUUAUCAAGCGGUCUAGCUUUCCUAAGCUGGUCCCGCAAGACCAGCAUCCCCACCCCGCCGCACCUAAAGCUGAGCAAGACCUCCGACCCAGCCAACUUUUCGACGGCAUCGACCAAGAAGUUAAAGCGUACCAUCGAACUGAAGCGAGGGCUGUCGAUCUGAGACCUGGCCAAGUCUUCGACGGUAUAGAACAAGAGGUGAAAGCGGUCCUGCAAGCAGAAUCGAAGCUAGAUGCCCGCCGCGAUCGCCGCGCUGAAGUCGUUUUUGACGGAAUAGAAGACGAGAUACGGAGGCACGAAGAGUACGAGAGUCGUCGUGCGUCUACAUCAAGUUCGGCUACGCUUGUGCAGACGAAGCAAGAGGAUAUGGCUAUCAAACGAGAGUACGACACUCCCGUCAAACAGGACGAUGCCUCGGUCAAGCAGGAGGAUCCUAUCCACCCGGUUGCGUUCAGUGGAGCAGAAGAUCGCGGUGGAAGGACUUUUCUUCCGCGAACUUCGAGUGGGUUCUCAAAAGGUUCAAUCAAGCGUGGGCGCGAUGUGGAGGACAUACGAGGGCCCAAGCGGUUCAAGACGGAAUAUUGA